AUGCGCCCCGACGCCAUCUCCGUUCUCGCAGCCUUCCUCGCUGUAGGCGGUUUCCAGCUCGUCGCAGCUCAGGAUGCUCCCGAAGCGCACGCUCAACGGCCCCGAUGGUACUUCCCCCAGGACGUCAAGCGAACUAUUCGCAGAAGCGCUGAACCAGACCCUGGCUCCAUCCUCGACGGUGUAUUCGACAACUUGAGUCCUACCCAGGUUAUUUCAUCCACGGCUACUCCCAUCCCCGAAACCUCCGCCCCGGCUCAGCCCCAGAAGGGACAGGAAGUCGUUGUUGUGACCAUCUCGGUCGACCCCAAGAACCCCGAGAUCACCCACCGUAUUACUGGUACUACGACCAUUGCUGGUGAACCGACUGGUACCACUACCACGACUACACAGAAAACGGAGGGCUCAAGCACCGAGAACACCACCCAGAAGAGUUCCGAGGUUGCAUCUACCGAGAACACCACCAAAAAGAGCUCCGAGGCUGCAUCUACCGAUGCGGAAACCACAAGCAAGCAGGGAUCGGUGAUUGACUCAUCAGCCAAGGCUUCGACUACAUCUCCUUCGACUACAACCUCUAGCGCCGGCCUGCUUGGUGAUCUGACCUCGGGUGUGGGCAACCUUCUCGGAGGUGAUUCCACAUCCUCAACUAUGACAACAUCUUCGACUGCGACUACGUCUCCUUCGACUACAACCUCUAGCGCCGGCCUGCUUGGUGAUUUGACCUCGGGUGUGGGCAACCUUCUCGGAGGUGAUGCCACAUCCUCAACUAUGACAACACCUUCGACUGCGACCGCAUCUUCGACCGGGGCGACAUCCUCGUCUGCGACUGCUACUUCCGACUCAUCGGCCAAGGUAACUUCGCCUGCUUCUUCUUCUACUCCUGCUGCAUCUACUAGCGAUAGUCUCCUUGGUGACUUGACCUCAGGAUUGGCCGGCGUUUUUGGCGAAUCAACAACCAACAGCUCCGUCUCCGUGACACCCACUGGCACCUCUAGCGCAAACAAGAUCAGCAGCGCGUCCUCAAGCAUGACAAGCUCUGGGUCGGAUCUCGCUGAUCUUUUGGGACUGGGUGACAAGUCUUCCACUGGCAACAGCACAAGUGUUACCAUGUCCUCGGAUGCUUUGAGUUCACCUACCAUCCCAGUCAGCGUGCCUGCUUCUGCUACUAGCUCAUCGUUGGCCACCCCCACCUCUGGAACCACCACUUCUGGUGAUUUCAUCAGUAGUCUUGUGUCAGGCGUGGAUUCCCUGCUCGGUAUCACCUCUACUGCCACUGGUAGCACUGCCUUGAUUCCAACUGCAUCUAUGCCAAAUGGUAGUAUUUUGCCGCCCAAGUCGACUGGUCUCAUUCCUGGCCAGGGAGGUACUAACACUGGUGUUAUCCCCACCCCGACCAAGACCCUGGGAUCAGUUCCUGUCCCACACUCGCCCGGCUCUGAGCCUACCUCAACUUCCGGAUCUGAAACCGUCUCUGGUUCUAGCACUGCCUCCGCUCCUUUGCUGGGCAAUACCACCACCGCCUCUGUUCCCGGCAGUGGUACUCACGAGAGCUCCAAGGUUCCUAUCCCCACCUCUCGCCCAGUCUCCACUCCCCUUCCCUUAUCGACAUCGUCGACUUCGUUGACUUCGACGAGCCAAGAAGUGAGCACGGCCAAGACCACCGUGGAGCCUCAGACUCCGACAGAGACGCCUACGCCCUCCACCUCCAACGACAACGACUGGAUGCCGUCGACCAUUCUUAUCGUGCCUACCGUCACCGCCACGGAGAGCUCGACCUCUGGUGAAACCGCGAAGCCCACAGCACCACCGUCGCUCCCUGGUUCUAUCACCCCAUCGAACGGGGUCACCGAGGCUCCGUCUGACUCCAUCUUGCUCCAGCUUGGUUUCAACAGCCAGCUGCCCUGGUCGUUUGUUGCAACCACUCCCUUAUCGUCGUCGCAGAUCUUCAACUAUACCCCUCAAGCUAUUGAGAACGCUUUGCCUGCCCUCGCUGCCAAGGACAGCCCAGUUAUGUUUGCUAUUGAGCCUUACUACAACUGGCAGUCCACGGGCUAUAAUGCAACCCUUGCUAUCUUCUAUUUCCCUCGUGACAAGGUCGAUGCUCUGAAAGCGCUUAAGGUUAACCCCAACUCUGCUCUCUACAACCAGGCUAGCGAAUCCAUCCAGUCAUUGAUGACGAUGGUUGACCCUACAAUCCCCCUCGAGUUCUCUGGAAACUACCCUAGUGGUACUAGUGACUCGACUGGCGGUGGCAGCAAUGGUGGCGGUGGUGAUGGCCCAGACAGCGGUAACAACGAAAACACUGAUGGCUCUGCCGGCAGCUCCAAGGCUAAGGCUAGCUCUGUUGGAAUCGGAGUCGGUGUUGUGGCAGGUGCUGCCGCUUACGGUGCGGGUAUGUUCUGGGUUGCCCGCCGCUACCGCAAGAGAAAGCAGCUGCACCAGCGUUCUAGCUCGACCGUUGAGCAGAUGAGCCAGGGAGGUUCCGCCGCUGGUUCGAUGUUCGCUGCUGGUGGCCGUGCCCCCAGUCAUGGUAGCCGUGGAACUGCUCGUUCGCAGAUGAUCAGCGCUCCCGUUAUGGCGGAGAAUUCGUUGGGAUGGAACUAG